AUGAUUAUACCUGUGAGAUGCUUCACUUGUGGCAAAAUAGUUGGAAACAAGUGGGAGGCGUAUCUUGGUCUUCUGCAAGCAGAAUAUACGGAAGGUGAUGCCUUGGAUGCUCUGGGUCUGAAGAGAUAUUGCUGUCGGCGAAUGCUGCUUGCCCACGUGGAUCUGAUUGAGAAGCUCCUAAAUUAUGCCCCUCUGGAGAAAUAAAUAGCAGAAGGAAUGUAUUAUACAACUCACAUGUGGACCAUCCUGGUGCUAGAAAUCCUCAAGCUAAGCUACAGUGGUUACAUAUGCAGAUCAUGUCCGGUGAGGGAUUUCACUCUCUGGGCACACUAUUGCCCUAGCCACUAACCUCUUCAGAAGAAAUUACUGAAAUAUUAAAUCCACUUACCACAGUUGGGACUGUAGAUUUAAUUAAAACCAGGAUGGAAGUUCAUCAGAAUCCCAUGGAUUUUGGGGAAUUGUGAAUUUUUUGAACUGCACUUUGUGCUACUAGCAGCAGUUUUAAUAAAGUUUGUAGUUACAGCUAGUUUGUGGUUUUGUAAGGUUGUACUCCAUCCUGUACUGCUUCUAUUAUACAAGAAACUAAAGAAUAAAGCAUGCUAACCUC